AUGGACCAGGAAUAUCGACUCACGUCUCCGCCAAUGACUCUACCCCAAGUUUCGCGUUACGUCGACGGCAGUACCAUAGACUUCAUUCGCGAAGAAGCACUUGAAAGGGAGAGGAACAAUGUUCUUCGCGCUCAAAUCGGUGUUAGAGGUCUUCUCCUUCCAUGGUUCGACGCUGCUAGGAUGUGGCUCAUUGUCAUUCUGACUGGAAUCGGAGUUGGGCUAACUGGUGGCUGGUUGGAUGUGCUUGUUAAAUGGUUAGGUGAUCUACGGGAGGGGCGCUGUUCUAACGGCCUCUUCUACAACCAAGUAACGUGCUGUAGCAGUGUUAAGCCCGGCGAACUUUGCGGGGAAUGGAUGACGUGGAGCGCAUUUUUGGAUCUCAGAAACGUCUUCGCGCAAUCGCUGCUGCAUUCUUCAGUAUAUGUGGCUUUGGCGGUGUCGUUUGCUGGCGCUGCAGCUAUCCUCGUCACGACAUAUGCCCCUUAUGCAUUUCACACUGGCAUUCCCGAAAUUAAGGCUAUUUUGGGCGGCUACGUCUUGACGGCUUUCUUGACCCCUUGGACACUACUCAUCAAAGCCCUUGGUCUUGCACUUGCAGUCGCAUCUGGUCUUUCCCUAGGAAAAGAGGGCCCUCUUGUUCACGUCGCUUGUUGCUUUUGUUAUAUGCUGUUAAACCUUCUGCAUUUUCGAAACAGUGAAGUUCAAAAACGCAAGCUCCUCGCGGCAGCAGCAGCAGCAGGAGUCUCUGUUGCUUUCGGAAGUCCACUGGGAGGCGUCCUCUUUGGCCUGGAAGAGCUAGACGUCUUUGCGAAUGAAUCCGAAGUUAUGUGGCGGGGUUUCGUAGCCUCUGCAAUAGCUGCCGUUGCACUACAAUGGGUUGACCCCUUCGGCACAUCCAAAUUAGUAUUAUUUCAGGUGACAAAUGGUUCCGAUACUUGGAGAGCAUUUGAACUGAUCCCUUGGCUCACUCUUGGUGUUAUCGGAGGCGUUCUUGGGUCGAUUCUGAUUCGCAUCAAUGUUAAAGUUGCGCUGUAUCGACGGCGUAGUGUCCUCAAUGAUUGGCCUGUCCUCGAAGUCAUUGGCGUGAGUGCAAUCACAGCCGCAACCAGUUAUUUAAUCGUCUUUUCUCGAGUGCAAGCCUCUGAGCUAGUAGCCAAUCUUUUUCAAGAAUGUGACCCGACCAAGAUCGAUUAUCAUGGGCUUUGCAAUCCAACCGCAAUGUGGGAAAAUGUAUUUCUUCUGCUCUUGACGGCAGCACUCAAGGUCCUUUUAACGGCGUGGACGUUCGGUAUGAUGAUCCCAAGUGGUAUCUUCCUCCCGACUAUCGCUAUUGGUGCUUGUCUUGGUCGUGCGAUGGGCCUAUUGGUACAAGCAAUUCAUCGGGCCUAUCCGAUGGCUUGGAUUUUCCAGUCAUGCCCACCUGAACUGACGAAGCGUUGCAUUUCGCCUGGUUUCUACUCCGUUAUCGGAGCGUCUGCGAUGCUAGGAGGUGUGACAAGAAUGACCAUCUCUCUUGUCGUCAUACUUUUUGAGCUUACCGGCGCUCUUUCGCAUGUUCUCCCAAUCAUGGUCAGUGUCAUGACUGCCAAGUGGAUCGGGGAUGCUUUGGGGAAGGAUGGUGGAAUUUACGCGGCUUGGAUAGCCAUGAAGGCUUAUCCUUGGCUACCGCCUGUGAACUAUCAAGACAAGAAACCCGAUCUCGGUGCUCAGCUUAUGCGCCGACUCAAUCGACUCAUACUCAUCCACGACCGAGGCGAAACCAUUGAAAAACUUGCUGCGCUCCUCGACAAGUACGAUUAUCACUCAUUUCCUGUUGUCCGAGAGCAAGAGUUUCUCGGGCUUAUCACUCGAGACAAACUUCGCUCUGCGUUAGUUGACGACAGCUCAAACCGUACCCGGGAAUGCGUAUUUUCAAUAAGUGACAUACCAGGGCCCAAUGCUUUCCUUGAUUUAUCUGGUCUGCUGGAAGAAGCUGUCUUGCAAUUGCGUCCAGAGGUGCCAAAGGAAUUUGUUGUGAACAUGUUUCAGAAAUUUAAUCUGCGCCAAAUCGUCUUCACGUCGAGAGGACGUCUAAUAGGGAUGACUACUCGCAGAGAUGUCGUGACACUCUUGACCUGUCAAUUCGCACAUUCCGGAGCCCUGGCUCAAGAGCGUCGAAGUUGGGAUUAG